UCAACCAGAAAGCAAGAGCGCUGCUAGACUAGGCUAGCAAGAAAACAAACUUUCCAUCUAGUCAAAGUUUAGCGUGAAAAUGCUUCUUCAGACUGUCAAACCGCUGCUGCUCCGUUGCAGGAGCCUCUCGCUGGCUUCUACGAGAUCGUACUACGCUGACAAAGUCGCCCGCCUCGGCUCUCAGCCUGACAAACACUCCGCCGACUAUCAGGAGAAUUAUGAGCGGAUGCAAGCUCUUGUUGAUGAAUUGAAAACCCGGACAGAGAAGAUUAAAUUAGGUGGGGGAGAAAAAGCCAGAAAACUUCACACUUCCCGUGGUAAACUAUUACCCAGAGAACGUAUCGACAGACUCCUGGAUCCAGGGACUCCUUUUUUAGAAUUUUCACAGUUUGCAGCGUACGAGUUGUAUGGAAAAGAGGAAGUGCCAGCAGGCGGGAUGAUUACUGGGAUUGGACGAGUUUCUGGGGUAGAAUGUGUCAUAGUUGCCAAUGAUGCGACAGUCAAGGGCGGAACGUACUACCCCGUUACAGUCAAGAAGCAUCUUCGUGCACAAGAGAUUGCCCAGCAGAACAAUUUGCCCUGUAUCUACCUAGUGGACUCAGGAGGCGCCAAUCUUCCCAGACAGGCAGAUGUUUUUCCUGACAGAGAUCACUUUGGCCGCAUUUUCUACAACCAGGCCAGGCUGUCAUCAGAGGGAAUAGCACAGAUUGCGGUGGUGAUGGGCUCCUGCACUGCUGGUGGAGCCUACGUCCCUGCCAUGGCAGAUGAAAGCAUCAUAGUCAGGAAGCAAGGAACUAUUUUCCUCGGUGGACCUCCACUGGUCAAAGCUGCUACUGGAGAGCAAGUUUCUGCUGAGGACCUUGGAGGUGCGGAUCUUCACUGCAGGAAGUCCGGCGUGACAGACCAUUACGCUUUAGAUGACAACCACGCUCUUCAUUUAGCACGGAAGGCCGUGCGGAGUCUCAAUUACAAGAAAAAUCUUGACGUUACUACAGAAGCGACUGUAGCCCCUCUUUACCCUGCUGAUGAACUCUACGGCAUCGUUGGAGACAAUCUUAAACGGAACUUUGACGUCAGAGAGGUCAUUGCCAGAAUUGUCGACGGGAGUAAAUUUGAUGAAUUCAAGGCAUUAUAUGGAGACACUCUUGUGACAGGAUUUUCCAGAAUUUUUGGUUACCCUGUUGGAAUAAUCGGCAACAACGGAGUGUUGUUUUCAGAAUCUGCGAAAAAGGGCACACACUUCAUCGAGUUAUGUUGCCAGCGAAACAUUCCGCUUAUUUUCCUACAAAACAUAACAGGUUUCAUGGUGGGCAGAGAGUAUGAAGCCGGAGGUAUUGCCAAGGACGGUGCUAAGAUGGUCACUGCUGUUGCCUGCGCUAGCGUACCCAAGUUGACAGUCAUCAUCGGCGGCUCGUACGGGGCUGGAAACUACGGCAUGUGCGGGCGAGCCUACAGUCCCCGAUUCCUCUACAUGUGGCCAAAUUCCAGGAUCUCCGUCAUGGGCGGAGAACAAGCCGCCACCGUCCUGGCCACCAUCACCAAGGAUCAGCGAGCCAGGGAGGGAAAAGAGUUCACAGCAGAACAGGAAGCCGCCAUGAAGGAACCGAUAGUGCGGAGAUUUGAAGAAGAAGGAAGUCCCUACUACUCCAGUGCCAGGCUGUGGGAUGACGGAAUUAUUGAUCCGGCUGACACUCGCCUCGUCUUGGGGCUGAGUCUGAGUGCCGCGCUUAACGCACCAACGAAGAAGACCCGUUUCGGAGUGUUCCGAAUGUGAUGUGCUCAGCCUGGACAUGUAUAUAGUUAUUGUAGUCCUUUUUGUUUCAUGUAUGUUGUGUUGCAAAAAAACACGAGAGCAUCCACAGCAGCAGGAUGUUGUUUAUAAUUUGGUGUAAUUGGAUGAUGUACUGACAGAUUAUUAAGGGCCAUUGUGAAGUUGUGCCUUAACUGUUACAAUUUGUAAAUGUCUCUCUCCUUUAAA